CGUCUCCAGGAGCCCUUAGAGACCGAGUCCCCGGCGGCGGCGGCGGCGGCGGCGGCGGCGGCGGCGGGGCAGCGCUCGGGCAGAGCAGUGAGCACUCAGCGGCGGGCGCAGGUGAUUAUUCCCCCACUUGAAACCUGAAAACGGUGGGCCACACAAAGUCUUACUGAUUUCAGGUGAAAACCACAACUGAAGAUGUCAAGCAAAACAGCAAGCACCAACAACAUCACCCAGGCAAGGAGAACUGUGCAGCAGUUAAGACUAGAAGCCUCCAUUGAAAGAAUAAAGGUGUCAAAGGCGUCUGCAGACCUCAUGUCCUACUGUGAGGAACAUGCCAGGAGUGAUCCUUUGCUGAUAGGGAUACCAACUUCCGAAAACCCUUUCAAAGAUAAAAAAACUUGCAUCAUCUUAUAGAGGAAGAGUGAAACGGUGCCUCCCUUCUUCUCAACAAAACCAAUUUAUGAGCAGCUCCUUGAAGAGAAUUACCUUCAGCUUAUUUGGUAACCACUGCUAAUAACUAAAAUGCUCUUAACAUGGAAUAAUAGAUUCUGAAGUCUUUAUUUUCCAAGGUGUCCUUUCUCUGAAAUGCCCUUUCCUGAUUUAAUACAGAAUAGCAAUCUUGUUUUCCAUUUGGUAACUAUGGUAUCAUAUUGGGUUACUGCUUAAGGAAAGUCAGUCUGGGCCUUUUAAAAUACACAAUUAUAUACUUUUAAAUAUAUAUUGAUCCAGUUAUUUCAAAACCUAAAUUACCUAAGCCCCUGUCUAGAUUAAAAUGCCAAGAAUAACUUAAGUCCUUUAACCUUUAUGUCAUAAUGUAUUCGUAAUAGGGUUGUGCCAACCUGUACAGCAUACACAGGUGAGGAGUGUACUGUGUAUAUAUGUGUGUGUGUGUGUGUGUGUAUAUAUAUAUAUACACACACACACACAUAGCUUUGUAUAUACACAUAUCGAAGCUUAUUUUCUUAUUAAAAUUUCUCCUUACCGUCAGUUCCUCAACUCCAGAAGUCAUACCUUCAUCUUCAGCUCUGUGUAGGUAGAAUAAGAACUUCUUUCCAUAGAGUUACUGUAUAAAAAGUAAAGAACAUCCUAAAGGUUGUAUUCCGUGUAAUUGAGUAAUGAAGUCAUCUCUUGCUGACCCUCUCAGACUACAAUGAACUGUGCCGAUUAAAAUGUUAAAACUCAACCACAAGCCCUUUUAUAAUAUGAGGUGUUCAUUCACAAGGGGCCUUUCGGGCUUCAGUGAUCCCGAGUCUAGAAAAGAGAAGGAGGCCCUUGGGGAGGACGCAGGGCAGCUGUGCCCACGCGGCUCACGUUCUCUGAGUCAGGGGUGUGCACCUCUGACAUCUCCACCCUAAUGAUGGGAAUCAGAGAGACCGCGUAGCGUGCACAGGAGCCUGGCCGAGAGAAGAGCAGGAAUGGGUAAAAACCAGUGGCUAUGCUUGGCCACAGUUUGUGAUUUAGCUCUCUCUGCCUUCCCUUUCUCUUUCUUCUUCUGUUAGACCAUCUAUCAGCAGAGGGAGUGCUUACCUCCCCAACCCCAAGUCGGGGAACAUGGUGGGAAAGACACAUACAAAAACAUAAAGCUAUCGAGACACAAGCUUCUUGCCAAUAUCUGCAGUGUCAGUGCCAUCCUACCUUGUCCACGAACGAUCCGAGAGAGGCUUGGAUUCAGUGGUAUGCAAUGUGGGCCCAAAGGUUCCAACAGCUGGGAAUCGGGUUCCUUGAUUUUCCUCGGGGCGUGACUGUAGCCCUCACAUCCUUGGAAUGUCCUGGGGGGAUCCCAAAAGCAGGAAUCUCCUCCUAUGACCAGAGUGUAUUUUUACUCGAUCAAAGAGGAAGAGAGGUUCUUUUUAUAACAUGCUCACUUACAGGCCCAAACUAUACACUUGUAAUAUUCUUAAUUCAUCUUCAGUUCAUUCAAAAUAACUAAGGAAGGAUUAAAAACUUAUCCUCAAAAAGGAUUCCACCCCAAGAAGGAAUUACUUACAACAGUUUUUCCGAGUGCUAUACAGUCUUGCCCUGCAAACUGCUAAAAUAUAUUUAGUAUUUCUCCAAGUCACCUAUGACUUGUGAACAGCAUUGUGAAUUGCCCUCAUUUUUUCAAGACUCUGAAAAUCAUGCCUCUGCUCUUAACCUCUUGUUAUCAUACGGCUUGAUUCUGUAAUACGCCCAAUUCCCAAGUAAAUUAUAGGCCCCUAUUCAGGAGAGAUAAAGGUUUUCCCUUUCAAAAGGUGAAGUUUGAAAUGUACACUAAAAAGACGAUUUUACAUUUAAUGUUUCACUUAAGGAGGCAUUCUUUUUCCAAAUAAGUAUAUUUUUCUGAUAGUUUCAGAACACUAAUCUUAUUUUCACUCUGAUGUUUAACAUCGUUCUUUAAAUAUUUAUAAUGUAUCUUGUGACAAAGUAUUUUCCUGAAUUAUGUUUAUUAUGCUGUUAUGUGCACAUUUUUGGUAGCAAGCAAUGUACUCAAACCUGUUCUUUUACCUAACAGAAAACAAAUAUGUUUUGCUCUAUAUUUGUUAAGAUGUUUGUAGUGGUAAGGGAUGGACUUGAGGUCCCAGGAGAUUUCAUUUUAUUUUGCUGGCCAGAUAUCAUAAGGCCACGAGUAUAAAUGUCAUGUAACUUCCUGACCAGAUAUAGGACAUAUUCAAGAAAAAUGAAAUCAAAUCCUUUGACGCUGGACCCAAGGGGGAAAAAAUUGUAGUUAAAUGUUGAUUUACUUAUAUGUGAUAAAAUAUAAUAUAUGUAUACAUGUCUAUGAUAUGCAGAUGUCACUUUUAUUUAUCAGGCUUUGUUCUACUUACGAAGCCACAGUUUAACUGUUCUGCAGCAGCUGGUUUAUGAUAUAAUGGACAAAUGCCCAGUGUGUAUUAUUUUUUCCAACUACCACCAGCAUGACACAGUUAAUCACAUAUAUACAUACAACUUCUUGGCUUCAUACCGAUGAAGCCAUUUAAAUAUGUUCACUAUACUUUCUCUUUAGUGCUGCUUCUGUUAGCUGUGAUCUCUUUUCUUUUCAUUCUUAUAUCUUCAUUAGUUCAUCAUACACCUGUCCAGGUGAGGCCUCAGGACCGUGAUAAGAUACGUUAGACAAAAUUUCAUGACUCCAAAGAAUUUUACAGAAACACAUUUUUUUUUUCCUAUAGAGAAAACACUUUAUAUGCCAGGUGGUUCACAAGUUAAGAGGUGGUAACUACUUUUUCUCUAAAAAGAAUCAGGUUUUUACAUUUCCUUACUUUACUAACAUAAAAAGUGCCAUCCUUAACCUUUUAAAGAAAGAACCUGAUUUGCUUUCUCUGUGUUUGGACUAUUUUUGUACUUUACUAAUCUUUAAACUAUCAGAAAAAAAUAUAUUUACCAAUGAUUUAGUAAUUUUGAGGCAUAGGUUAGUUUAGGUAGUGGAGGAUGUGCCAAACUUUCUCUUCAGAUGCCUUCUUCGCAACCAAUUUACAACUAACAUAGUGUCAUCUGAGUGAUUACUAUGAAUUUUGAUUUAAGAUCUAUGUAGCCCCAAAAAGCGAAUUAUAUUACAUGUCAGUCCUUUCUCAAUAAAACAAAUAUAAUAGAGAGUGUGUUAUGAAUUGUAUUGAUUUCUUUUAUGGUAUAUAUCUGUUAAUAGAAACAAGUACAUUGAAUCAAAUAGAAUUAUAUACAUAUUAAAAUAGAGCACUUACCUAAAGUUGGGUGGCCUGGAUCUUAGUCCUGGGUCGUUUUCUAGCCAAUCCUGUGUGCCUGUGUCGUGUGACUUUGGAUAAGUCAUUUCAUCUCUCUGGGCCUCCAUUUCACCAUCUGUAAAACAGGGGCUUGAAGUAGAUGGUGGCUGAGAUCCCUUCCUGCUCUUGGAUGUCUCGGUCCAAUGGUCUACCCCUCUAGUGGUCCUGCCAACGUGUUGGUGCUAUAAGCUGCUUCAAAUAUAAAAUUAGUUCGUCUAUCGUGUAUGCUCAUUUAUUAGCUUAUGAAAGUCCUUUCAUCAUACAGCUUUUUUUCUAGUUUUAUGAACUUGAUUACUGUAAUAAUGUCGUUUUUAGCCAUGUAACUAUAAACAUAUAUUCUCUUGAUGUCUCAGUAAAUUUGCAUUUGAUAAAUAUAGUUGAAGGGAUUUUGUUAUUUUAUAACAUUCUUUGGCUACUCAUCUGUCCAGCAUCUUAUUAACCUAAACACUGUGAUCAUUGUUUGGAAAUCUGUCCUAUGGAAAGAAUAAAAGCAUUUACUUCACUGCUAACAUGUUCACAGAUUUGAAAGAAGUUUCAUUAAAGCACCAUUGCUCUCUUUA